UAAUUUUUGAGUGACAUAAGUCUUAAAUUCGAAUCGUGAUAACUGCGAUUACAAAAUUCUAUAUAAAAUCACAUAUAAUCUCAACAAAUAUUUGAGUCAUAAUCCCACUAAUGAUCUCUCAGUGAUUAAAAUCUAGUUCAGGUUCUCCUAAUUAACUCUAAUUAAGUGUACUGCCAUGCUUGGACUCUUGAGAUAGUUGUCAUCCUUUAAUUCUAUCCCUACCUCUUUCAUUCUCCCGCCCACCUCCAUCCACAGUUAUCAUUAUAUGCAAUCAUAGCUUACCUCCCCCGAAGCAACACAUCCAAUAAAUAUGUAUAUAUACAUCACUAGCUACGGCGAUUUGCAGACUCGCUAGCCGGAGUUUAUAUGGCUAAACAUCCACUCUUCUCCAGCUUCUUAUCUGUUCUUGGCCUCCUACUCCUCCACUUUGGCUGUUUCAUCUCCUCCUCCGCCUCCCGCCGCCGCCGGCGUGAACACCACCGCACCACCGCCGGAGCUGUGUCUGUUUCUUGGUUCUUCAUUAAACGCCUCUUCCGCUGCGUCCUCCCUCCUCAGGCGCCUAAUCUUUCCUCCCGGCCGUCUCCCUGUUCCUCUUCUGGAUUAUUAGCAAAGCCCAUCUUCACCCCUUUAGCCUCGCCGGAGAAGCUCAUAUCGGGUCGACCCGCUUCCGAUACCCAAUCGGGCCAACCCAAUAUCUACCCCUGCAGCCUUUGCGGGGAGAUUUUCCUCUUCGCCGGCCUUCUCGAGAAGCAUCAGUUUGUGAAGCAUGCGAUCUGGGAGCUCGAGGGAAGCGAUUCGGGCCACAAUGUCGUUCGGAUCAUAUUCAAGACGGGUUGGCCCGCCAUAGCCAAGAAUCCGGUUAUACACCGGAUCCUGAAGAUCCAUAAUAGCCCGAAGAUUCUGGCCCGGUUUGAAGAAUACAGAGAGUUCGUGAAGUCGAAAGCCGCACGCGAAGUAGCCGGGAGGAGGCGGGACGCGCGGUGUAUCGCCGACGGAAACGAGUUGUUGAGAUUCCACUGCUCCACUUUUCUGUGCGACUUAAACCGCGGUGUUUCCGGCGGCGGCGCGUGCAGUUACCAGUACUGUAGCGCGUGCGGGAUCAUCAGGAGUGGAUUCUCCGCCAAGAUGGACGGAAUACCGACGCAGUCGUCCGGGUGGAAGGCCCACCGGGCGGUGCCGGAGGAGAUAGAGGAGGAGUUCCAGUUUAUGCGCGUGAAACGGGCGAUGUUGGUAUGCCGGGUCAUCGCGGGCCGGGUCGGGGGCGACCCGGACGUAGUAGAGAAGGAGGGUCCCGGGUUCGAUUCCCUGGUCGGGAGAGGGAAUGGGGUGUGCCCUAGAUUGAACGACGAAGAUGAACUGUGGGUCUACAAUCCGAGGGCUGUACUGCCUUGCUUUGUUAUAGUGUACACUGUAUAGGACUAUACGCAAAUUAUUACUGUCUGGCAUGUCAAGUUGGCAACCAUCUUGAUUGGGAAGGAAUGUGAUAAAAUGAGUCCAAAAUAGUCAAAAUACACUUCAAUAUGGGUUAUUUUCAAAUACCUCCAUGAGGUUUAGGCAUUUGACACUUUUAGUCAAAGUAUGAAUGGAGUAUUAUUGAUAAGCCCCUCUACUAUAAAAUACAUGUAUGGCAGAAGGGGUCACCCCUACUUAACCAAGACUGCGAUUUU